UGGAGCGAGAGAGUCGUAAUUUUUUCUAGCAAAGUAAUUUCGUUAAUUCAAAAGCGGCUAACUCUUCGAAAAUUGCAAAUAUUUUUGUACAAAAAAUUUUGCUUUAACAAUUGCAAGCAUACAUAAGUGCACGUUCAAUAUACAGAUAAAUUAAUUUUUAUAAAAAUCCAAUUGAAAAUAAAAUCAGCCGUAGUUGGCGUAGGUGAAAACGCUACAAUCUGCGCUCGCAACUCAAACAAAGCUAAAUAAAUACAUACAGACGAUCAGUGAUCUAAGCUAUGUAUACAUAUAUGGACAUAAACAAUUAAGCUGACUUUGCAUUCUAAGCGACGCUCCAAAGCGGACGCAAGCAAUUAACAAAGUGCCAAGUGAGCAACAAAUGGUGUAAGAUAGAUUAUACUCGUAUGUGCAUAUAUGUCAAUAGACAUUUCCGACAGCUAUUAUUUAAGCUGAGAGUACGCCGAACAGCGUCUUUUAAGUUGCGAAUUCGUUCUCUGUAGUUUUAUUAUUUUAAUUUGCCGCGGUGAUAAGAUACGAUUUUCUUUGCGCUACAGAUUUGCUUAGUAAGCUUACGCUCUUCCUUUCCACGGGGCUCAGAAACAAUAAUGUUUAUACCGUCCCUUCCAUUGAGACGCGCAGCGAAAUUUUGGAUUCACGUGCUUGUAUUAAUAACUGCAUUUUUUUGCAUUUCGAAUGCAAUACCGGUACCAGCCUCAAGAGGAACGGGCGCAAAUGAAGGCGACGCUUGUGUAGUAAAAGAGGGAGUCAUUGGAAAAUGUGCUCUACCCCGAAAUUGUCCAGAUCUCACAAUGCAAAUGCAAAUUCACGGACUCUCAAGAAAAGAUGUAGUGCGAUGUGGUUUCACACCGUAUGAUGAAAUAAUUUGCUGUCCCUUGAAAACGUCUACAAAUGUGCUGGGAAUUUUCAACACUACCGACAAUUUCUUAAAAGAUAAUAGGAAUUCGAAUGGCGUUAAUAAUACGCGAGGCGAUUUUGGUGGACAGGAGCGAAAAGCACUAAAAGCUUGUCGCUUACUCGAGGAAUACUUAGAGCCCUACACCGUGCCACUCGUCCUUGGCGGCGUACCGGUAUCGCCGGGCGAAUAUCCGCACAUGGCUGCAAUCGGCUAUGCGUCGAUCAAUGCAGGUGGACCGCCCUAUGAGAUACGUUGUGGUGGCACGCUUAUAGCUAAACGCUUUGUAUUGACAGCAGCGCAUUGUGUUAAUCGUCGUGAUAGCGUACCGGUUAUUGUACGUUUGGGUGUUACCGAUUUUAACGAUGCCGAUCAAAUGAAAAAUGCUGUAGAUGUACCCAUUGAGCUCGUGCAUAUUCAUAAGGAUUACGAUAGUCUGCAGAAGUACGAUGACAUUGCCAUAAUCGAGCUAAAAAACGAGAUCGAAUACUCAUCUUUAGUCUUUCCGGCUUGUCUGCAUACAGAGGUGGCUGAUCCGCCAGCAAGCGCAGCACUCAAUGUUACCGGCUGGGGCACCACUAACUUGAAAACUCGCGCAAAAUCCGAUGUCUUGCUGACGGCGCGCGUCAAAAUUUCUUCAGUCACAGAUUGUAACGCGUCCUAUGCGCGCGAAGGCCUCUUACCAAGUCGCGGCAUAUUGGAUUCACAAAUGUGCACACACGAUCCGAAUUCGAUCAGCGACGCCUGUUGGGGUGACUCCGGCGGUCCGCUUAAUCUCAUCCUUGACGAAAAAUAUCGGCGAGUACAUGUCAUCGGUAUUGUGUCGGCUGGUAGUGGCUGCGCCAGCGUCACUCCAAGUCUUUAUACGCGUGUUGCUGCGUAUUUGGAUUUUAUUGAGGGUAUCGUGUGGAAGGAUUUAUGAACAGUUUGUGUAGUUUUGUUAAAUGCAUUUACAUUUUCUUACAUUACUUUUUACUCAUUAUCCUAACUAAAUAUGUAAGUAUGUUUUAGACAUCUGUUGUCUGUUGUUUUAAGAUGAAAUAAAUAAGAAUUGUUAAAUACCAAUUUU